UCUCAAAAGCCAACAAAACGACAAAAAAAUAAAAAUAAAAAAACCUCCUCAUUACACACAACAAACGAGUGGAGCGCGUAAUAAUAAUCAAACGCUUCAUUCAUUCUUUACAUAUUCAUUCACAAUCACAACCCCUUUUUGCAAAACCUAAUUCCCACUUUCUCCUUCCCUAAUCAACUGUAACACUUUUUCACAGCAAAGCAGAAUUGAUGCUUAAAAUUUGGUGGCUUCUGUUCCUCUUUUGAUCCUAAAUAACAGAAGAGGGUGAGAAUGUUGCUGGCAGGAUUGAUCAAAUAACUGAAAAGAACUGCUUGUAAAAUGGGAGGUUGCUGUUGCUCUGCCAGAAAACCUCAUCUACGUGGAACUCCAGUGUAUUACUAUUGCCCGCCAAUUUUAGAAGAGCGUGAGUCUUUAACCUCUAAUGAUGGUACAACCGAUUCACUCACUGCUGGAUUGCUGUUAGGCUUGAAUGUCGAAGAAUCAACACCUGAUACUUUCCAGCCUCCUCCUGCACCUCUGCCUUAUGACGUGGUCUUGGGAGUUCCAGUCUCGACAGAAUCCGAGUCAGGCAGAGACAUUGUUAAUGGUAAUAGUUUUGAAACUUUAAUUACAUGUGAAGGUAUUGAAGAAUCUGACCUUAAAGCUCAAGCUAAAUCUGCACCAAUAUCUCCAAGCAAGGCGGAACUGUGGAAAUCAAAUGAAUCUCUUGCAUUAGUGACAGAAGAAGAAGAUGUCUGUCCGAUUUGCCUUGAAGAAUAUGAUGUCGAGAAUCCUAAAUCUUUUACAAAGUGUGAGCACCACUUUCACCUUGCUUGCAUUCUUGAGUGGAUGGAAAGAAGUGACUCUUGUCCUAUAUGUGAUCAGGUUUGUCAGUUUACAUCAAUUUUUCUUGUUAACAUUACAAUGAAAACUGAAAAGAGGGUUUUUUUUGGAUUCUUUUGUUGGCAAAUGAAAACUGUGAAUACUCUUUUUCCUCAUAUGUUACAGGAAAUGAUAUUUGAUGAGGCACUGGACUAGUUUGGUUAUAUUAAAAGAAAAGCUAGCGAAAUACGCAAUGAUAAUUAGUUUGAUGUUGGUAUUGUGAUUCACUUUCAAAUAUACAGAUAUUUUAAAAAAGGUCUCUUUUAGUGGACCAAAUUCAUUAUGUAUACAAUCUGUGAGAAAGAUGAGGAGGUUUAUGAUAAAAUGCUACACCACAUUGCAUGUCUAAUUGACUGCAAUCACACGCAUGUUGGAAUUUUCAUUAGUGAAAAUGAGUGCAGCAUUUCUCAAGACAAAGAAAUUCAUGUUCACAGAAUGGCUUUUUCUCCCCUUGUGUUGCUUUUCUGCUCUCUCCAUUUUCUUGUACAAAUUGCUUAUAUUUAUUUGUUUUUCUAUGUUCAUUAUUUUCUUUGUAGAAAAAACAAAUGUUUACUCGUCUUGUAAAUAAUGUCUGUUUUACAUUUUGUUACGUUUUCAAUGUAUAUAUUCUGCUGGAAGCUGGGAUUCCCCAUCUUUGAUUUUAUGUGCAAUGAGUAAUGACCAGUAUAUAUUUAACCUCU